AUGCAUAUAAAAUCUGAUAAUAAAAUCCUGUUCUGCUCGUUUGUUUAUGCUGAAAAUAAUUACCAAGAUAGAAGGGCUUUGUGGGAUGACCUUUGUAAACACAAGUGUUUCAUUCAAGACAGACCGUGGGUGGUGUUAGGUGAUUUUAAUUCAGCUCUUUCGAUGGAUGACUACUUAGUUGGGCCAUCUACUGUUCCGGUAGGGAUGAGGGAGUUUUAUGAUUGUGUUCAACACAAUCAACUUUCUGAUGUUAAGAGUCAUGGGCUUCGUUUCACUUGGAACCAAAAACCGAAAAAUGGUGUAGGAGUAUUGAAGAAGAUUGAUAGAGUUAUGAGUAACACUCAGCUCCUUGAUUUAUUCCCAGAUGCUUAUGUUUUCUAUCAUCCUUAUCGGGUUUCGGACCACUCGCCGUGCAUUCUGAAUUUGUUCCCGUUUAACCAUAAUCGGCCUAAGCCUUUCAAGUUUGCUAAUUUCCUAGCAAGCAAGGGGGGAUUUAUUCCGUGUGUUGCCAAGGAAUGGGCUAAGGAGAUUCCGGGUAAAACUAUGUUCUCGGUGGUUAAGAAGUUGUCGGCUCUUAAGUCUCCGUUAAGACGCCUUCUAUUUGAUCAGGGUAAUCUCCACAACCGAGUGAAGGAGGUUAGAUUGAAGUUGGAUGCCAUUCAGAAAGCAAUAGAUGACAACCCUUUAGACCUGGUUCUACGUGACUCUGAAGCUCGUUGUAUUCAGGAAUUCAAUACCGUCUCGUAUGAUGAAGAAUGCUUUCUUAAGCAAAAGUCUAAGGCAGAAUGGCUUGCGGCAGGCGAUUCCAACACGAAAUUCUUUCAUAACUGUGUGAAAAUGAGGAAUGCUUGCAAAAAAAAUUCACAGUAUUCAAGAUGUUCAUGGAAACUGGUCGCAUGGGAACGAUGUCUUUGGUGUUCUGGUUUCACAUUACUCGAACUUUUUGGGUACUCAGGACAAUGUAAGCAGGUUGGUGAAUGA